UUCUGGUCGAGGAUAUUAACAUGAGUUGUAUAAUCAUUUGAAUGAUGCAUACAAUUGGCGUUGACCCAUUAAAAUAAAAUAAAAAUUCAACCGAGAUUCCUCAAAAAUUGUAUUAUGUAGCGUAAAUUAUACAAAUAGAAAUCUGUCGGCAAGUGUAUUCCGAUACAUGUUGAGGGAGUUUCGAUAAUGUCAGACUACGAUCUGCAGUUCCAGGCCGAUUUAGAAAAGGCACAGGCGUUGAGUAUAGAAAGUCUAGCUUUGGAACAGUUUCGUAGGCAGAAACUUCUGUCUAGCACAGAUAAUAUUCGGGACAUCGCGACUGUCAGUAGCCGGCGUCGCGAGGAGGAAGGCCCUCCGCCCGCGUUGCCGCCUCCGCCACGGAAACCGCCGCGAGGACGAGCCUCCGCGUCAGAGACUCCCAGGUCUCCUGGGACGAGUCCCACCCGGGGCGAGAGCAGCGAUCUAAUAUCGUUCGCGAGCCCGACCAGCAAGUCAGCGCCCAAAGAUCCACAUGCUUCCCUUAAGGAAUACAUUAACAAGUUAGGGCAGCAGACCGAAGAGCUAACAAUAGCGACGCCAGACCAAGCACCAAUCAUGAAUAACCAGAACUACGGACAGAGGCCGGGCUACCCGCCCGCCUACGCGCCCCAAUACAGCUACAACUACAACCAACCGUAUCCAAUGGCGCCGUAUCCGCCCGCCGGCCCGUACGGCAUGCCCGCGCCGAUGCCUAACUACUCCUAUUAUGCACCACCCACCCCUGUACCUCAGGAAGCCCCGCCUACAUACGUCCACGUCAACCCGGCAAUGUAUAACACCCUGCCGUACAACCAGACACGGAUGGCCUCGCCCUCCACCUACGGAUACAACCCACCCCCCUACAACUAUAACACUACGAACAUGAUAUCGAGGCCCACGAGGCCGGUGAGCCUGUUCCCACAGACAGGUCAGAUGCACACUUACCCACCGCAAGCGAACGCCCCUCAGAAUAAUGUCAAUAAUAAUAAUGCGCAUGCGCACGUAUCGCAAACAACGGUCAAGACGGAACCAUCGCGUGACAGCGUCGAGAGCAACAGUUCAAGGAAAUCUUCAGAAGUCAGCAUUGCUUCGAACGAAUCAAACGACUCAAUAGGAAGCCUGCCGAAAUCAAUGAACCUGAUCGACUUCGGCAAAAACACCGGCCAAGGUAGCGUAAGAGUCAGUGUGUUAGAAGCGUUUGAUCCGCUACUAACCGAACAGAAUAAUCCUGAGUACGUAGUCGCGAGCGAGGGUUCCAGCAGCGUCUAUGAGGAGUACGAUCCGCUUGACUUCCUGUAUGGAGAGACUGAGAUGCGAGAUGCGCCGGUAUACGCGACUAUUAGCAAGCGAGAGACCAGUAUGUUGCCGUCUCCACCUCCUAAGUCGAUAACGACUGUGCCCGCUGUCACACUGAGGUCGACUACUAAUAAACUUUACGAUUGCAUAGUUAAAGUAAAAACAAAGAACUACGACAGCGAACACAAGGCGUUUUUGAAAAUGGUCUUGGAUGUCAGAAAAAGGUUCGUUCACACCGAUGAGAAAACGAAUCCCGGAUACGUGAUAGCAGCGCGCUCCGGGGGCAAGUACCCGCCGAACACAAGUAUAAAGAUUCUAGUCCACCACGCUCACACCGAUGAGCCCAUCACCUUCACAUCUGAUGUGGAGUCGACUGUAGAGCAUGUGAUAUUAACUGUAGUUUGUUCUUUAGAUGAAGAUAUAAGAGAUGAUAUGUCUGAAUACAUGUUAAGGGUGUGGGGCGCUAAAGAAUAUCUUACUCCGGGCAGUUCGCUCAGCGAAUACGAUUACAUACGCGAGUGUGUUCGUCUAGAGAAGGACGUGACUUUAUGCCUCGUCAAAGGCAAAGACAAUGACCUAGCUAGGACGGAAAGAGAUGAUGCUAGGGAUGCACACCUUACAUUAGACGAUUUGUUACCCACCCAAGGCGCUGCUCCUACACUAUCGUUCGAUAAUUUAUCAAUUUUGUUAGAAACAUUGGAAGGUGAGCUGUCCCGAGCAGUAGGCGUGGUUAGCGCGGAAGGCACGUGCUCUCCGAAGGCGGUGUUCCAGGCGGUGAAGGCCAUCUGCGCACUCGCCGGCGGGAUAGAGACCUUGCAUGUCACGCACACGCUCAAUGCGUUCGCACAGGCGUGUAAUGGACAGGGCGGCGGCGUGCGCCCCGAGAUCGAGAGCGAGAUGGGCGCGUACUGCUCGGUGUCGCUGCGCGGCGCGGGCGCGCGCGAGGCGGUGUCGCAGCACAGCGCGCGCGUGCGCGACGCCGUGCGCGCGCUGCUGGCGCUGUACACGCGCGCGCGCCCGCGGGACUUCCGCCUCGCCGACGCGCAUCACCCGCCCAGCAACCCCGCUAAAGCAGUACCAGCGCACACAAUAACCGAAACAACCCUAUUCUGCAUCGAAGCGGUGCAUUGCCUGCCAUUGUGUUGGAACCACGAUGAGUACUUGUUCCACGUACAAGUAUUUCACGGGACGCGUCCUAUGAAGACUAUACGGUUGACACAAACCUCGAGGAUAGAAUGUGGUGGAUUCUAUCCUAGAAUUAUAUUCGAUACUUGGCUAAAUCUCGAAGAUCUACCAGUAAAUUCACUACCGCGUGAGGCUCGACUAGUGCUUUCCUUUUAUGGUCGCACACAACGCACGGUAGACAAGGAACAUCAGAACAACAAUGAGAACCAACCGCCGACAAACGAGGCGGAGUCCAGUGGCGACGUGCAGUACGAACACGUAGAGCUUGGCUGGAGUGCUAUACAGUUAUUUGAUUACGAUGGAAUGUUGUCGUCGGGCACGUACGUGUUGCCGCUGUGGCCGACCAACAGCGACCGUCGCGCCGGGCCCGCGCCGCCGCUCAUGCACGCGCCCCCCGGCCCGCACCCCGUCGUCAACAUCGAAAUCCCAGCCUACUCCCACUCCGGCGUGAAAUGGUCUACUGGCGAGGAGGGUAAGCAGAAAGUAAUGUCGCAAGACGACCUGCCAGCCUUCGACAGCUUGGACGGACACACGCAGUCUCAGCUGUUGCAUCUUAUCGAGCAGGGCGCGUAUCAGAGGAUGCCUACUGAUUGUCGUGAGAUAAUGUGGGAGAAAAGACAAUACCUGGUGCAACUGCCCGGCGCGCUGCCGCUAGUUCUCUUAGCAGCUACCAACUGGUAUGGAGAGCAUCGCGAGCAACUAAUAACUCUUCUGCAAUUAUGGGAGAAACCAUCGUCCGUAAACGCAAUGCAUUUAUUGUUGCCUUGCUUCCCAGACAUAACAGUUCGUCAGACGGCAGUAGACCUGCUGAACGAGAUGUCGGACGACGAUCUGUGCCGCGUGUUGCCGCAGCUUACACAAGCGUUGCGGCACGAGACUUUUGAGGCCAGUCCUUUGGCAGAGUUAUUAUUAGCGCGGGCCUUGUCUGCUCCCGCCGUCGCCCACCGCUUGUUCUGGCUGCUAGUACAUUCACUACCCAAUGUGCCUCAGGCACCAGGCCAAGAGUUUCUCGGUAUAUCGCUAGAGGAAAACGCAAGUGAGCCUCCCGAGACGGAAAUUUGUAUGACGGCUUCGUGGCGAUAUCGACUAUUGUUACGAGCGUUGCUAGCUAUAUGCGGAGAGAAUUUGAAUACGAGGCUUCUGAGGCAGCAACUGCUUGUAAAGACGCUGUCGGAGGUGGCGCUGUCGGUGAAGCUGGCGAAGGAGGGCGCGCGUGCGCGUGCGCUGAGCGCGGGCGGCGCGCGCCUCGCCGCGCUGCUGCGCCGCCAGCCCGCCGCGCUGCCGCUCGCGCUGCACCACCAGGUGCACGACGUCGACGUCAAAUCCUGUUCGUAUUUCUCAUCGAAUACUCUGCCGUUGAAAAUUAACUUUAUUGGAAGCGACAACGCCAUUAUUCCUGCCAUGUUUAAGGUAGGAGAUGAUCUUCGCCAGGAUUCGCUUGUGCUGCAAGUGAUCAAAGUAAUGGACAGCUUGUGGUUGAAAGCUGGACUGGAUUUGAGGAUGGUUACAUUCCAAGCAUUACCCACGAGUGAUAACAAAGGCAUGAUAGAAAUAGUAACGGAAGCUGAGACUCUCCGCGCAAUACAGACGGAGUGGGGUCUGACUGGCUCGUUCAAAGACAAACCGAUAGCGGAAUGGCUCGCCAAGCACAACCCGUCCGAGCUGGAGUAUCAACGCGCUCGUGAUAAUUUUACUGCAUCAUGCGCCGGAUACAGCGUGGCGACGUACCUGCUCGGAAUCUGUGACCGACACAAUGAUAAUAUAAUGUUGAAGACCUCGGGCCAUCUGUUUCAUAUCGACUUUGGCAAAUUCCUGGGAGAUGCGCAAAUGUUUGGCAACUUUAAAAGGGACCGCGCGCCGUUCGUGUUGACGCACGACAUGGCGUACGUCAUCAACGGCGGCGAGCGCCCCACGCAGCGCUUCCAGCACUUCGUCGAGCUCUGCUGCAUGGCCUUCAACAUCGUCCGGGCGCAUCACGACCACAUACUCGACCUGUUCGCGCUGAUGGCGCUGUCGGGUGUGACGGGCGUGUCGCAGGCGGCGGCGGGGUACGUGCGCGAGGCGCUGCUGCCGGCCGCCACCAACGCCGAGGCCGCCGCCGCCUUCGCACGACUCAUACACUCUUCGCUCAAGAGCAAGUUCACUCCAAUUAACUUCUUCCUUCACAACCUGGCACAACUGCGAGCCAGCGGCGACCAGAGCAGCAACACUUCAGAGCUACUAUCAUUCAUGCCGAGGACGUACACUAUGGCGCAAGAAGGUCGCAUAGUGAGCGUAGAGUGUCUCGGCUACGAGAAGCGCUACGACCCAGAGAAGCACUACGUGUACGCGCUACGCAUCUACAGACAGGGACAGGCCACGCCCUUCGUGCUCUACCGCUCCUACAAGCACUUCACCGAACUCUACCAGAAGAUUUGUCUGCACUUCCCUCUGGCUAAGGUUCAUAGCUUACCAUCGGGCCUGCACGUAGGCCGCUCGAACACAAGGCAGGUGGCCGAGCGUCGUUUCGGCGACGUGCAAGCGUUCCUCACGUCGCUGUUCAGCCUCGCGGAUGAGAUCGCGCACUCGGACCUCGUGUACACAUUCUUCCAUCCACUGCUGCGAGAUCAGCAGGAUGUCGAGCCGCAGAGGUUGAAGAAAGGAGAGUCGGUGGAGCAGCAGCCCAGCGGCUCGGGCGCGCUGAAGAUGUCCGUGCAGUACGCGGGCGGCGUGCUGUCCGUGCUCAUCCUGCACGCGCAGUCGCUCGCGCUCACGCAGCAGGGCGUGCCGCCCAACCCAUACGUCAAGGUGUACCUAGUACCGGAUCCGACGAAGGAAACAAAACGUAAGACUCGCGUACUGAAGCGUAACUCACAUCCAUCCUUCAUGGAAAUGCUCGAAUAUCGACUACCGAUAGAGGUCGUUAAGAACCGCAGCCUGCACGCAACAGUAUGGCACUACGAUCCCUUGCAAGAGAACCAAUCGUUAGGUGGCGUUGUCAUACCGUUGAAUUCUUUACCUUUAAGACAGGAGACGCUCGCGUGGUACCCUCUGGAGUACAUACCGAGGUAGCUACUGCUGGCCCGCUCGGCCAUAUGGAUCACGGAUUUUCUCAGGUGAAAUGUAGGUCAAUUAUGGUAAAGAACGACGUGAGUUAGCUUACAUAUCUUACCCUACUGUACUCAUUUUGUAUCGAUAAAUAUGAGUAUUGAAAAAAUAUCGAUAUAUCGUGACAUGUAUAAGCAUUUAUAAAAAGUAUUCAAUAUCGACUACCAGUAUAGUACUGCAAACAUUUUGUAUCGAUAAAUGUGAUUAUUGAAAAAAAUAUUGAUAUAUCGAUGGCAUGUAACAGCAUUUUUGAUAAAGUAUUGAAUAUCAAAUACCAGUAUAUACAACGGUAUUUAUAUUUCCAUAUUGGCAUAUCUAUUCGAUGAUAAUAGCUAGAUUUUUUGUAAUACUAAAUUACCUCUGUAGUUGUAGCUGUAUCUAUGGUCAGAUGUAUACACAGCUUAUUCAUUAUUUCGGGCAGCUAAGUAUAAAUUAAAUAUCGCAGUAUUAACGGUGUAGCCUACAGCGGGUUGGACGUGUUAGAGUGCCAAAUGUUUGCUUAAAAAUAUUGCGCGGAGUUUUUGGUGAAACAAGACAUAUCAAACGAUAUCUUUUGAGUGUAAUGAAAUAUUUUACAUAAUAAUAUUGGCCAUGAUCGUUUUGUCUUCUAUCGCCAACGUUGGACCAGACGUAUACAAUGUAUGAUCGUCACAAUAGUCACAUUCCAAACGAAAUUGUAUUGAAUUUGUACUUGCUUGCUUCGUGUUGUGGUGCUUUUAAAAUUUCCAAUUUAUUUUUUACAAUAUAUAUAUAUAUAUUCAUGGUGUGUUUAGAAAUAAAUGAAAUAUUAUGUUUUGAUGUUUGUUUUUGAGAUCUGAGUGAUGCGUAACAAAUGAAUUAUGUUGUAAUUUUGUAUAUUGACGUUUAUUUUCUAUUUUGCUAUAUAAAUUGUAUUGUAAUAUUUAGUAUUAUAAAGGAGUAUUGAUUAUUUUUAGAUUAAAUUAUUUAUUCGAUGAUGGAUUUACAGAUUGUAUUUUGCAAUGGUAUUUGUGUAACGCGCAAUUAUAUAUAUUGGUCUUAUUUUGCAUCAGCAUCGUAUAUAUUCUAUUAAAAAGUAAUAUCCGGGUAAGUUAUAAUAAGGCUUCCAUUGUUUGCUCAAACAGUCAGAUCAGAGCUUAUACUUAUCUGUGACUUUAUAACCAGCCCUUGUAUAUAAAUUAGGUAGUUUUUGUAACUGAAUAAGUCCUAUGUAUGACGUAUCAUAAUAACUUCUGUUGUUUACGUUCGACACUAGAACUAAAUAAAUUACAUGGAAAGACA